AUGCAACGCAAUAAACUGAAACGGCAAGAGAGCGUGGACAACAACAAUGACAUGCUUAAUGUAAGUGUUUUGAGGAACUGUCCUCUACUUGGAAACGGCUCCAAAUUGUUUUCUAUUUUUGUGUUUUUGAACUUGCAAAAUGUGAGAAAUUGGUUUCUUUCUUCUCGGCCGUUCGCCUUUAUUGCCCUUACACUUCACAGCUUACAUUAAUAUGUGGCUUGGAAAUGGCAUUAUAACUUCUAGAAUAGUGUUAAGGUUUUUGAUUUACCAGUAGGUAUUUCAAGUUUCUGAGGGGUGAUUUUAAGUUAAAAGAAGGAGGGAGGAAAUUUUUUUGAUUUUUUUUUGGGGGGGGGGGGUAAAUUUUUUUUGUCAGGACGUGGGUGGGGAAAAAUAUUUUUUUAGGUAGGGCGUUAGUAAAAAAUAUUUUUUUUAGUCAGGCCAUGGGCAAAUGAAACAAAAGGGAAAAGAAUGAAAAAAAAUCAGUUAGGGCAUGGGUAAACAAAAAAAAAUUUUAGCCAGUGGGUAGAAAAAUGAAAAAAAAAGUUUUAAAAGGUAUUAGAAAAAAUAAUUUUUUGUCACGGAGUGUAUGAAGUUUUCUAACUUAAAACGUUAGAAAAGAUUGUUGUUGUUAUUCUCAAAGCGCAAAACUUUUUGAUGUAAUUUAUUGUGUACAACACACUUGGAACAACGUAUGUAAUCCUUCAACGUCAUUUAGAUUUAUAACUUUUAUAAAACACUUAUAAACUAAAAAAAGGACGUUUUGCAACACGGAUUAACGGUUUUUGUUUUUAAAAUUGUGAGGCCCAUUCUUAUCAAUGUUUACAAUCUGCUACAGGAACAAAAAGAUUCACAUAGUCAAUUAAAAUUGCUUUUUUUGUUACUUUUAUUUCGAAAUUUGAAUAUCUUUUUAUUGCGUUGUUCAGAUAAUAUGUACUCUUUAAAAAAGCGCAUUUUCGAAGUUAAGGGCUCAAAAGUAAUUGAACAGCCUGAUAAUUUUAUAAAAAUUUUUAAAACUUUUUUAAUUUUUUUAAAUUUAAUUUUUUUUAAUUUUAAGAAGUGAAUUUAGAGUUUUUUAAAAAUUUCAUAUUGAACUUAGAUACAAAACUGAUUUUAUGACCUAAAAUCUCUGAAAAAACUAAAAAAUAUAUAUUAUUUUACUGACAACCGGAACGGUUUUACUAAAGCCUUCAAACCUAAUCGGUUGAGACGUUCUGUGAACGUUUGAAAGAUCACUUUGAUAUAUCAAGGUUCAGUGUAAGCAAAGUGUAUAUAUUAAGCAUUUUCUAACUUUAAAACGGAUAUAUCUAUAUUAUAUAUGCGUAUAGAUAUACAUUAGUUUAUUUCUGGAUUACUCUUAAGAAAACCUACAAGCUAAUUAAAAUAUGUUGUUUAUACUGAAAAACGUUGUACUUUUGUUGAUGGCUUUACUACAAAACGUGUUGGAAGUAAAGGUUUCUUGAAUUUUUCAAAAUUUUUGGUUGAUUAUAUAUUGAAAAUCUUAUUUUUAUUGAUUUAGGUAACAAUCGAGUCUUGGGAAAACAGGAGAUUUUAAAAUAAAUUUAAUUUGAGGUUUUGUUUUUGUUUAUAUUGUCAGCUUUUAAAAAUGUGUAAACUACGGUAAACAGCACUGUACCAAAAAACAUUUAUCAUUGCCAUUUCCAGUUGACAAGACGAAGUUUCCGUCGUCGCAAAUUCCUGUCCCAAAUCUCUGCUCCGGGCGGGUUUCCAGAAGACGCGCCCAUGAUUACCCCAGGCUCUUUUACCGGUCACGAGCUGUUCAGCGUUUCAUACAACAACUACAUUAAGGUAAGCCGAUCUGCAUCUGAUUUGACUAUUUUUGAAAUUUUCAAAAUAAUAAUAACUCUUUAGUUGAUUUGUGAAAUUUUUUAAAAUUUACGUUUCAAAGAACGUUUUUCGAAAAAAUUGAAAUUAAAAAAAAUUUUUGUAAUUUUUAGAAAGGCUUUUUAAAAUCAUAAUAUGUUUUUUGUAGAUUUCUUGAUUUUUAUUUAUGAUUUAAAACUUUGAUUUAUAAUUUUUGAUUUAAAAACGAUUUUAGAAAGCAAUUCAACCCCCAUCGCCUGCGGCAUCAAUCCUUGGACGAGUUUUUUCAUUUUCAAAUACGGAUAUGCAAUUUUCCAAUAGUGCAAGCAGAAUCGAAAGAAAGCAUAGCAAGUGCGUCAAAAGUAAGUGAUUUUAUUAAAAUUUUCAAGGCCAAAAUUUAUUUUCUUAAAUUGAAAAAACCAUAAAUUUAAAAAAAAAGACCGGUAGAUUCGUUAGAAUUUUUUAUGCAAGAUACGACAUUCAACAACAUAAUUAUUGAAUACAAUAUUUAAGUAAAAUAUAUGUUGUUUUCUUUGCAAAGCACAUUAAUAUUUGAUCAAGUUAUUAAUUGUAAAAGAAAAAUAAAAUUAAUUUUACAGUAAACCAUUUCAUUUAUAAGCUUUUAACUUUCAAAUUUCAGAACGCCGCAAAUCCUCCCUUCGUAACCGCCGUUCCGAUUCAAACGAAAACCAAGAAGACGACGUGCCCAACCUAACUCCAAUCAAAGCUAUUCUUUCUCCCAAUAUUAUUCAAAAAUCUCCAUCUUUACUUACCGUGACCGAAACAUGUAGUACAAGCGCGGAACAUACACGGCUACGCGCGUUGAUCACGAUCGAUCCGAGAAGCACUGAGAUUUUGAUAGCCAACAACAACUUGAGGAGAAUGUUUGGGUUGGAUAGUGAGCCAUUGAUUGGGAAAAAGUAUACUGAGGUAUUUGAUGUGAAGAGACAAAAGGAGUAUCACCAACAUAGGAAGGGGAGCUUCUGUGUUGGAGUUACUGUGCGGCCAGUGGUAGCGUAUGAAGAUUUAUUUGAUGAUGGUGGGGAUUUGAAGGUGGUACAUGGCAAGGCUGUAAGUUAAAGUUUUUGAUGUUGGCUGGUUGGAGAAGGCUAAAAAAUUUAAUAAAGUUUAGUUUUCUUAAAUUUUUUUAAUGUUUAACAUUUUUUAGUGCUAAUGAUAAACAAUACUUGUAUAAUAAAACGACACAUAGUAUCAUACUAUGACCAUAUAUGUGUGUUAUGUAUAACUAAUGACUAUUGUUUGUCUUUAGUGCAUUAAGAGUAAAACUGAAUAACUUAUAAGCAUUUUUAAUUUGAUGUUUAAUCGGUAGCAAAGCCUAAAAAUAUGUUGUUUUUUGGGAUAAAAUGUUGUUUUUACAUGAAUACGUUGUUUAUAUAUCGUUUUAGGUUGAUGUUCUGGACAGUCAAGGACAAAUAACAACAGUUUGCCUUUGGUCAUACCCACUUACGACGGUCGAUAGGGACAAUAAACCUGUAAGUGUUACAUUAGUAUAUGAUAGAGUCGGUAAAAAUGGGCUUUGUUAAUAAAUUUUCAAUAUGUUUUCUAUAACUAGAAUAACUCAAAUGAAUAUAAAACAUGUAUAAAUGAUUUUUUGAGUUUAACACACGCAUUUUAGAUUAUUACUCGUUCGCCUUCAACUUACAUUCCAAAGCGGAGCAUACCACGCCAACAUACCGGGUCUCAUAACUCCAGGUAG